AUGUUCGAAAGAGAACUGAGGCACGCCAUACGUGCGCAGGUGGCAGUGUUGAUGGUCCAGGUCUUUACGGAGCUAGUGGAUAGAGCCAUGGUGGCUGAAGCCAAUGUACAUAAAGGGGAAAGAGAGGCAAGUCAAAAGAAGAGGAAGAGACCUAGUAGUUCAUCAAGCCAGCAACAGGCAUCAAAACCACAAGCCACUCAAGGAAAUUCUCAGCGCCCUGCUUGUCCUAAAUGCAAUAGGAUGCACAUAGACGAGUGUCGGGAUGGUUUUAUGGCUUGCUACUGGUGUGGUAGUACAGGACACCGGAUACCGGAUUGUUACGUGGUACUAAACAACGCGCCUUCACAGCAGAAGUAUGGAGGAAGUAGUCAGGCAACUAGAGGAGGUCACCAAGGGGGCAUCGUGCAAGCGCAGGUGUACUCGUUGACGCCGGGUGAUACAAAGAACAUGGGCAAUGUGGUGAUAGGUACGAUUUCAUUUAUGUCACAUAAUGCUAUUGUACUGUUCAACUCAAGGGCAACCCACUUAUUUGUAUCCUGGAGAUUUUCUAGAGUAUGUGGAGUUGAGACCCAGUUGUUAGGCAUCGACUUAGGAGUGGCUGUGCCGAUGAGGUCGGUCAUUGUGUGUACUAAGGUGGUUAAAUACCAUUCGAUAAAAAUUCAGGGGAGGAAGUUGUCUGCCAGUCUCAUUAUUUUGGAGAUGCAGGGAUUCGAUAUUAUCUUAGGGAUGGACUGGUUAGCAUCCAGCUAUGCGAGCAUAGAGUGCCGAAAGAAGGAGGGGUAUCUGGCGUGUGUGAAAGCAAUACCAAAGGAAGGACUGAAGCUGGUGGAUAUUCCAGUGAUAAGGGAGUUUUUUGAUGUCUUUCCUGAGGACUUACCAAGGUUGCCUCCAAAUCGGGAAGUGGAGUUCGCUAUUGAUUUAGCACCAGGGACAACACCAAUCUCCAAGCAUCAGAUCAUGAUGGAUCUAGAGAGGUUGGGGGUAGAGUUGGUGGACGAAGACCCACAGGUGUUCAUCGCCGGUUUAGUUGUUCAGCCAACCUUGCGAGAAAGAAUCAAGACAGCUCAGAGGGAAGACGCAGAGCUGGUAGAGGUCAGGGAAGGAGUGCAGAAUAGGUUGAAGUAA